AUGGCCGAUGUUACAGACGACUGGAUUGUCGCUGACAGGCAGGACGAAGAUGCUUUACGACCUCUUGACCAAAGUGGCCUCUUGAGCGAAACCCCGUUUUCUAUAGGCCCGGAAAAGAUACUACAGCCCAAGCACAGACUCCCCAGCAGAGGAUGUGAACCUCUCGACACAAGGUACCAAGACUCUGAACCACCAAGUUCUUCUCAGUUACUUCCUCAUGGCAUGGGAAUGCCUGUACCGAAGUCUAAACCGCGCCCACGUCCUGUGCCUACCUUGGCUGCAGACAAUCUCAUCGAGGAGGUCAAUCCUAUGCGCACUCGAAAGACUCAGGUCAAGAAGCCGAAUUACGAGCCUUUGACAUCCGACUCCAACCUCGACGAACUAUCACUCAAGCCUCCACGGAAGCGGCAGAAAUCCCAAGACAAGCCCGUCGAGCCCAAGCUGAGACCCAGGCCUAAACCGAAACCUAAAGCUAGGACAUCACCUUCACCGAAGGUCCCUGAACACAGCAUUGUCGAUACUAAGCCGAGCAACAUUGUGCCAGCGCUUCCGUCUCGACUAUAUUUUGCAACAUCAUGCCUCCUGUCUUCUAUUCCUGUUUUACCCGAUUUGUCUUCUCCGCCCUCUUCUCCACCCAAGAUAACUCGUAAAUGGAAGAAGGUUUCUCCGCUUCAAGAUGGAUACAUCAUCGUUGCUGCGAACAAGGGCAAGACAAGGGACACAAAGUUGUCUUCUUGGGCGAAUGGGAAGAAAAAAGGCCGGAAGCAGGCUGACGUCGAACUCGACGAUCUUGCACACAAAUCCCCCAUUGAUGAACCAGCUGCAGGUAAUAAUGGUCUCGAAGACGAUGAUUUCAUUGAGGAAGAGGAAACGAAAGUUAGAUCGAAGAAGAAGGCACUAUUGAAACCCACCUCCGCUGCAAAAUCAAAAUCAAGGAAAGCGGUUAUUGUUGUUUCUACAGCGGUUCUCUCGGAAAGUGAAAAUGAGGACAACGGUGACGACCCUUGUUCGAGGUCACCUAACCCAAACGACAAUCCCAAGGGAUCCGAAAUCAUUGUAACCCCUGAGAUAACCAAGAUUCCCCCGAAAACUAUAGCUCCCCCACCAAAGCAGACUCUGUCUGUCACUUUCCAGUCACGUGCCUUCAGCAUUAAACCUAGGUCGACCCCAAUAUCAGAGCUCAUCCGACCUCCUCCACCGAAGAAGAGCAACAAGAACAUAGAGAUGGAAGAGCGUAUCGAGGAAGAUCUGUCAGAGACUAUUGAGGGGUGGUCGUGUAUGAUUGACGAGGAGAGAAGGGACUUGCGGAGAGCACGAAUUGAUGCCGAGUUGUGUUAUGAAUGAUUGCGAGUCGUGCCAGUGUAUCCUUAUUCCUUAUCAUGUAGUUUACAUUUUUAUUACUAUGUAAUGUGCAACUUCAUGGAGAGCUUGUAUAUUAACCAACGGUCGGAGACUCAUCAUG